CUACCUCACUUUACUCUCCAAUAAAAUAACGAUUCGUAUCACUCACUCUCACUCCCUCUCUUUCCUGUUCUGGGGUUGCCUUUGUCUUUCCCGUUCCUUUUCCUUUUCUCGCUUCCCAAACAGCCAUUUUACGCCAGAAAAUGAGUAACGCCAACGCAGAUAACGUCGACGUGUCUGACCUCCGCGCGGCCAUCCCGGCUGCUGCUGCCGCUCUUAGCGCAGAAGAUCGCGCCGGACUUGUUAAUGCGCUUAAGAAUAAGCUUCAAAGUUUAGCGGGACAACAUACUGAUAUUCUAGAAACUUUAUCACCAAAUGUCAGAAAGCGUGUUGAGGUUCUCAGAGAGACUCAGAGUGAACAUGAUGAGCUGGAGAAGAAGUUUUUUGAGGAGAGAGCUGUAUUGGAGGCUAAAUAUGAGAAAUUUUAUGAACCGCUUUAUACAAAGCAGAGAUAUGAAAUUGUGAAUGGAGUGUUGAAAGUUGAAGGAGAAACGAAUGAAGCUGUGAUGGACGGAGAAGGGAAUAAAAGUGCAGAAGAAAAUGGAGUGCCUGACUUUUGGCUCACUGCAAUGAAAACUAAUGAAAUGUUGGCUGACAAAAUUUCAGAGCGGGAUGAAGGGGCUCUCAAGUAUCUUAAAGAUAUCAAGUGGGGCAGAAUCAAUGAUCCUAAGGGUUUCAAGCUGGAAUUUUUCUUUGAUUCUAAUCCUUAUUUUAAGAACUCUGUCCUGGCAAAAACAUAUCAUGUGGUUGAUGAUGAAAAUGAGCCCAUUUUGGAGAAAGCAAUUGGAACGAAGAUAGAAUGGUAUCCUGGAAAAUGCCUUACACAGAAGGUCCUGAAAAAGAAGCCAAAAAAAGGAGUGAAGAUUGUUAAGCCCGUCACAAAAACUGAAAAUUGUAGAAGUUUCUUCAACUUCUUCAACCCUCCUCAGAUUCCUGAUGAUGAUGAUGAUAUUGAUGAUGAGCUUGCUGAAGAACUUCAAGAUCGAAUGGAGCAUGACUAUAACAUUGGUUCGACGAUUCGGGACAAACUAAUUCCUCAUGCAGUAUCAUGGUUUACGGGGGAAGCUGAUCAGGGGAAUGAGUAUCAUGGCUUAGAAGAUGAUUAUGAUGACAGCGAUGAUGAAGAUGGUGAUGAUGAAGAGGGUGAGGAUGGCGACAAAGAAGAAGAUGAGGAAGAUGAGGAAGAAGAAGGCAAGGGGAAAAAAAAGAGGAAUGGAAGUGCAAAAGCUGGUCGAGGUCAGCAAGGUGAGCUUCCUCCGCUGUGCCAGCAACAGUAGUAUUUUUGAUGCCUUGUCGGUUGCAUAAAAUUUUGAGUGAUCAAUAUACUUCCUAAUUGUUUGCCCAUUGCUUUUGUUUUAAUGUUUUUCUUUUAUGGAGUCUUUGGUUGGCCAUUGCUGUUAUUUUGCAGUGGAAACUCUAAACCUAUGCAGUACUGAAAUUGUAAAUGGUCUGUUAAUAUAGUAUCGUGCAACUUUUGUUGAAAU